UAGAACUUUUUGUAGCUAUUGAGCUAGUUGUUUUCGGGAAGUUGAAUCGAAAAGUUGCCAAUAUGGUUAGAUUUUCGGUAAAAGUGUUGCUCGCUGUGGUCCUCUUACAAUUUCUAGGAUCUGCGGAAAGUGCUAAUAUCCUGGGAAUCUUUACCGUGCCACAACCAUCACAUGUUAUUGUGCACAUGUCCCUGGCAAAGGUCCUGGCGGAAAGGGGACACAACUUGACGAUCAUAACGUCCAUUGAACCUCCGGUUAAGCACAAGAAUUUUAACAUCAUCCGAGUGCCACACUCCAAGGACGAAGAACGAGACCUCAACGAGGCACUAGUCAACAUGGCCAAAAUAGACGGCGGAGUGCUGUCCCAGCUCAUUAACAUGCCAAAGUUUUUGGAUGUCAAUUUACGGAUAAUGACGAGCGCUUUGCGAGAUCCGCGAGUCGUAGACCUUUAUGAGAACAAGGACAACCAUUUCGACCUAGUCAUUGCAGGAUACUUCAUGAACAACUUCCAGCUGGGUCUGGCCCAAAAACUGAAAGUUCCUGUAAUUCUGUCCUUCUCCCAGCAACCUGUGGAGUUCAUGGCCACAAUGGUGGGCAAUCCUAGAUCCCUGUCGCAUGUUCCUGGAAUGUUGACUGCAGUGGAAAAAGGCCAAGUUAUGACGUUUUUUCAAAGAUUCCACACGCAAGCCAUCAGCUGGCUACAAAGGAUUUGGCUGGCGCAGUACGACUAUAACAAUGGCAAAAUCUAUAGAUCUCUGUAUGGGAAUGAUCCUUUAAUGGCCGCCUACGAGGAUCUUUCAAAAAACAUAACACUGAUGUUUUUCAACUCGCAUGCCUUAAGUGAGGGACCAAUUAGACCUAAUGUUCCAGCUGCCAUUGAGAUUGGUGGCAUUCAAAUCAAAAAUAAGCCAGAUCCUCUCCCUCCUAAUAUGGCAGAAUUUCUGGGAAAUGCUACUGAAGGUGCUAUUCUCCUAAGUCUCGGUUCCAACUUAAAGGGAUCUCAUCUCACUCCAGAUAUGGUACAGAUUAUGUUCAGAGUGCUUUCUAACCUUCCACAGCGAGUGAUUUGGAAGUGGGACGAUCUGAAGAACACUCCAGGAACAGCGGAGAAUAUUCUGUACUCCAAGUGGCUGCCACAAGACGAUAUUCUAGCUCAUCCGAGUAUAAAACUUUUUAUAACUCAUGCCGGGAAGGGAGGUACUGCCGAAUCCCAAUAUCACGGAAAACCAAUGCUGGCUAUUCCCUUUUUUGGCGACCAGCCUGGCAAUGCCGGAACUUUGGUGAAAGCCGGAUACGGACUUAGUAUAUCUUCCUUGGAGUUGAAUGAAGAGAAGUUCCGAAGCAACAUCGUUAGGAUUCUGGAAGAUCCAUCUUUUACCAACAAUGUAAAGGCCUUUUCCGACCUCUACCGUGACAGACCGCUCACGGCUCAAGAAACCGUGAUAUAUUGGACUGAAUACGUCCUGCGACACCACGGAGCUUCUCAUCUACAGAGUCCUGUGGUUCACAUGUGCUUUAUAGCUGCCCACAAUAUAGAUAUCUACUUUAGUUUAAUACUUAUCAUUGCAAUUAUUAUAAUAUUCACUAAAUUAAUUUUCAAACUUUGCAAAACCAAAAUUAGUAAUGCUAAGAACCCAAAAAUCAAAAAGAAUUAGACUGAGUUCAUAACCCAUUUUCUUAAAAAUUAUUAUUUAAAAAUCACAAUGACUAUGCUUUCUGCUGAUAAGCGUGGGAAUUUCGUAACAAAUUUCUAUUCAAGUGAUAAGAACAUAAGUAAAAAACUGAUAAGACCUAUCAGAAGAAAUCGCCAGACGGCUUGUGGGGAAAUCUACGUAACAUAUAGAGUUUGUCCAGCAGCAGCUGUCUUGAUAAGAACAUUUUAAAACCAACAUUAAGUAAUAUAAAAAGUGUAUGCCUUAAUAAUGACAAAUAAAAUGACAAACUAGUAAAUUGUUAUAGUCAAAUAAAA